AUAAAAGAAUGUUCUCUCGAAAAUCACCGGUUUUACCUAGAAUAGACAACAGUCCACCGAUACUGUUCGUGGAUAAUAUAUUGCAUUCGACAAAGCUUGUGAAUGACAUUCGCCGGCAGCGGGAAGUUGCCAAACAAAACAAGGAACUGCUUAAGCGAAUCGAUCGAAUUAACCGGACAAAGGGAUUCCUAGGAGUGAACUACGACUACAAACCGAAGCUGUAUUUGAACUGGGAAGCACGUGAGCAAGAAGCAAAAAGAAUACACCAAGCAAAUCUUCAGCUGCUGGAGCGUAUCUUAGAUGUCUCACCAGAAAUUAUUGCUUCGAAUCAAGAGAAGUCUUAUCGUAGCUUUGACAAGUAUCGCAAAAUAUGUUCGAAGAGAUCCAAGCCCAGGAUGCUCACCCGCCGAAAGGCGAAAGAUAUGACGGGAUAUCACAGUCUCGUCAUGGAAUGCUGCGAACGUAACGAUCGUAAGCUGGGAAGUCUGAAGAUUAACCUAUUCAAAAACAACGUCACUAAAUAUCUCAUGGAUGAAGGAAUCCGCUUUAUUGAAGGCCAAAUCUAUCGUAUCUACAAGGAUCAGUACGUUGUCAUUCGUGCCCAUGUUAGCAUUUCCGAAACAAAGGAAGAACAACGAAGGCAACUAAUUGAAAAUGUCGAACGAGGAUCCCUGCUUAGAGCGAUCAUCAAUGAACAGCCUGCGUUGCUUUUAACUUUGACCACAUUUCAACGCUUAGCCAACUGCCAAGUUCUUGGCACAGUUGAUCCGUCCGGUGAACAACUGUUGGACUUAUUAAACUACUAUGGGACCACUUGGGGCAGGACACUCGAACCACUUUGCUUUCGGAUUAAAAUAAAAGUCCAAACUUAG